AUGAGGUCUUCAAGAUCUCUCGCUGCGUCAACCCGUCAGCUAAGAUCUACCUUUAAACCUCGUACCCUUCCAACACCCUCAUCAUGUCUCGCUCUCGGAACUCGCAAGCUUCACUGCUCGACGAUCCGGAAGUCGGGCGUGGCUUCUAACCCAGCCAUGUCCUUCCCCUGCCUCGACGCCCUGGAAUCACGCUCCGCAAAACUCACAGACGACGAUACCGAGCCAUCGUACACAUCCGGCGCGACACUGAAUUACCACCACAAGGAACCCUUCCUUCUCGACUGGGGUGGUAUUCUUCCAGAGUUCAACAUCGCUUACGAGACAUGGGGUGAACUCAACGCCGAAAGGUCCAACGCUAUACUCCUACACACCGGUCUAUCCGCCUCGUCGCAUGCGCAUUCUACAGAAACAAACCCCAAGCCAGGAUGGUGGGAAAAGUUUAUUGGGCCUGGUGGUCCGCUUGAUACGAACAAGUACCACGUUAUCUGUACAAAUGUCAUCGGCGGCUGCAAUGGUUCUACAGGACCUGGUAGCGUCGAUCCUGGAAAUGGUGAGCGCUACGCAACUAGGUUUCCCAUCUUGACGAUGGAUGACAUGGUGCGCGCCCAAUUCAAGCUUCUUGAUCAUCUCGGUAUCGACAAGCUUUACGCCUCUGUCGGUUCCUCCAUGGGCGGCAUGCAAUCCCUCGCCGCAGGAGUCCAAUCCCCCUCUCGAGUCGGCCGUAUCGUUUCCAUCAGCGGUUGCGCACGCUCCCAUCCCUACAGUAUCGCCAUGCGCCAUACCCAACGACAAGUCCUCAUGAUGGAUCCCAACUGGAACCGCGGUUUCUACUACGGAAAGGUACCUCCUCAUGCAGGCAUGAAGCUCGCCCGCGAAAUCGCAACAGUGACAUAUCGUUCCGGACCAGAGUGGGAGCAGCGCUUUGGACGUCGUCGUGCCGACUCAAGUAAACCACCUGCAUUAUGUCCCGAUUUUCUCAUCGAGACAUACCUCGACCACGCUGGUGAGAAGUGGUGUCUAAACUACGAUCCCAACAGUCUUUUGUACGUCAGUAAAGCGAUGGAUCUUUUUGAUCUCGGUAUUGAACACCAGCGCGCAACGCAUGCCCGUCGUCAAGACCGCGAAAAGAAACUUGCUUCUGGUGAAACUUCUCCUCUGUCUUCCGACGCAGCCUGCAGUCUCACUCUUCCCAACAAGCCUUAUGAGGAGCAGCCUGGAUCUCACCCUGACCCUUCAGACCCCAACGUUGUACCUGGUUCGCGACCACCUGAGGAUCUGAUCCAUGGGCUCACCCCGCUACGUGACACUCCUACGCUGGUGAUGGGUGUCGCGAGUGAUAUUCUCUUCCCAGCAUGGCAGCAGCGCGAGGUAGCUGAGGCGAUUCGUUUAGCUGGCAAUCGCAAUGUGACACAUGUUGAGUUAAGCGAGGAGAUGAGCAUGUUUGGACAUGAUACAUUCUUGUUGGAUCUCAAGUACAUUGGCAAUAAUCUGCGCAUGUUCCUGGGUUAG